CCUGUCUGUCUCCUCCCCCCUCGCCCCUCCCACAGUGACAGCUACAUCGUGCGUGUGAAAGCGGUGGUGAUGACGCGGGACGACUCGAGCGGCGGCUGGCUGGCCCAGGACGGGGGGGCUCUGAGCCGGGUCGGCGUGUGCCGCCUGCUGCCCCCCGAGCUGGCGCCCGCGCCGCCCUUCGGCUGCUCCCACUUCCUCAUCCGCGGCGAGCGGCUGCGGGACAAACAGGUGAUCCUGGACUGUCCGCUGAGGAAGGGCCUCGUGUACACCAUCGCCACGCCCACCUUCCACCACUGGAAGGUGGAGGACAGGAAGUGCGGGUUGUCCUUCCAGAGCCUGGCGGACGCCAGAGCGUUCGACAGGGGGGUCCGCAAGGCCAUCGAGGACCUGGCUGAAGGUAGCAUCCGGGUUUAAGUC